AUGAUUGCAAUACUAUUAUUCAUUGGAAUUGCAUUUGCUGAUAAUGUAAUUCUUUGUAUGGAUGAAACAAGUGAUAAAUGCCAACAUGCUAUAGAAGUCUCUAAUUUAGCAAGUGGAAAGGAUAAUGCUAAAUGUGUAUUAUAUGGAGAUGGAAAAACAAUUAAAGUCUAUUCAAGUAGUACAUCAGAAACACCAGAUGCAAAUACAGAUGGAGAUGCAGACGACAAUAAGAAAGAAGGAGUUAAAAAAGACACAACUAUUGAAUAUCAUAUUGAAUACUUUACAGAUAAAACAUGUGGAACUAAAGAAAAAGAUGAGACAGUAAAAAAAUUAGAGAAUAAACCAGAAAAUAUUGUUAUUACUGUAACACUUAAAGAAACACCAAGUGAAACAGCUAAAGAAGGAAGUGAGAAUACAUAUGUAGAAUAUAUUGUAGGAGGAGUUUGUAUUAAUAAGAAGAUAUAUGUUCAAACACAAUUUGGAGUUGGAGAGCAUCAAUGUGACGAUAAUGGAGAAAUAGGAAAUCUUGCAAAUAUUAUUACUGAUAAAUAUAAUGGACAAGAAUGUAGAACAGAAAAGAUUAAUGUUGGAAAUAACAAAUAUACAACAGAUAAGGAUAAAGACAUUCAAGAAGUCCAAGAAGUUAAGACAGAAUAUAGUAUUGAAGCUAAAGCAAAAAUUGUAGAGAUUACAAGUGAAGAAGGAGGGUACAUAUAUACAUGUGAAACUGUAGAACAAAGUGUUAUAUGUAAGAAAGGAGAUGAAGUAGUAAGAAUUAAAGAAGGAGAAGCAAUUGCUGAAGGUGUUAAAUGUAAUGAUAAGAAUGGAGAAGUAGAAUGUCAAGAUAGUAAUGUUAAGGUAUAUUUCUUCUCUAAAUGUCAAGAGAAGAAGAAGUUUACGAUUGCAGGAAGUUACUUCCAAGAACUUAAAUAUAGUGAUGAAGAAUGUAAGACAGUUGAAAGUAUAGAAGCUACAAGUAGUAAUAAUUCUAAUCGAAUUAAAUGUGGUGAUACAACGUAUGCAGUCACAUAUGAAAAACAAGAAGAAGAAGGUAUAAUUUAUAGUAAGACAAGUAAUAUUGAAUAUAAGAGUUAUAAAGUUAAUAAAUGUAAUAAGGGAAGUGAAACAAGUAGUAAGAAAGUAGUUAAGACAAGAGAUAAUACAUAUAUAAUUGAAGAGUUUUCAGAUAAAGAAUGUGAAGAACCAACCAGUGUAGAGAAUAUUGGAGACAUUUCAACGGAAGUACCAGUUUCAGGAGCUACAGUAAUUCGUAUCGAGUCCGAUGUUGAAUGUUCAGUUAGUAAGAAAGAAGAAGCAGUUUUUGGAACAUAUAUUAAAGUAGAUAGUUGUGAUGAUAAAAUGAAAUAUGUUAUUUUAAAUAAUACCGUUAUAAAAUACGAAUAUAGUAGUGGAGAAGAAUGUAGUAACAAUGGAGAAGGAGAAGCUAAUGAGAAGAAAUAUGGAUGUGGAAAAUGUGAAGAUAAAGUGAAGACUAUUUGUCCAGGAAACACACCAUCAGGAGAUACAAGUGAUAAUAAUGAUGAUUCAGCAUCAAGUAUGAUGAUUGGUAUUUUAUCAGUUAUUGCACUUUUCUUCUUUUAA